CUCUGGACUUUCCUAACUAGCUUUGAACCUUCCAACGGUUAAAAACGAAAACCCUGAAAUCCUAAUUCUCUGGGUUUUAUGCCGUUUUUGGAAAGUUCGAACAAAUCAGUUACUACUACUUCAAUGCUCCAUUGCAGAAAAUUCUAGCCAUAGAGAGUAACAAUAAGGGCCAAACAUGUCCCAGAAUAACAUUCAAUCAGAUUCAGUUCAAAACCCUAGAGUAACGUGGGAAGGUUGCAGUGUCUUGCUCGACAUUAACGAUGGCGACCGUUUGGUGUUUGCCCGAUUAACAGCUGGCUCGACCUUGAAAAUUGGAAAUAAGAAGUACUCUUUACGGCCCUUGAUUGGAUGCCCAUUUGGCUCUUCUUUUCAAAUCGAGAAUGGAACUGAAGGGCCCUAUUUAUCUAGGUUUAUUCCCUCCACGGAAGAAAGAGAAGGAUGUCAAAUAGUGGACGAAUGUAAGGAUAAUCGAGCUAUUGUUGAUAAUAAUGAAGCCCAAACCCUUACUAGUGAAGACAUAGACGAAAUGCGGAGGCAGGGUGCGAAAGGUGACGAGAUUAUUGAAGCUCUCAUUGCCAACAGUGCAACAUUUGAGAAGAAAACAGCAUUUUCUCAAGAGAAAUAUAGGAUUAAGAAGCAAAAAAAAUAUGCCCCUAGAGUGCUUUUGAGGCGACCUUCUGCUAGAAGCAUAUGCGAGGCUUACUUCAAGAAAUACCCAAAUAGAAUCGGAUUCCUGCGAGUAGAUGCGUUAUCCUUGUUGCUUUCACUUGCUAAUGUUUCUGCGAACUCUGAUAUCCUGUUAGUGGAUAUGGUUGGUGGCCUUCUUACUGGUGCUGUGGCGGAGCGUUUAGGAGGUACAGGUUGUGUUUGCAAUACUUAUCUUGGAAGCACACCAUCUCCUGUGGAAAUAGUUAGAACAUUCAACUUCAAUAAUGAAAUUUGCAAAAGAAUUGUGCGGGCUCCUCUGCAUGACCUUUGUUCAGACCAAACUGGAACAAAGAAAAUUGAUUCCUGUAAUGCAGAAUUAAAUGUCCAAAUUUCAACUAUCAGCAUAGAAGAAAUGCCACUUCCAUCCAAGCAUGAGGCUGCAGAUUCACAGACUAUUGUCUCUCCACAAAGCAAAAUGGGCAAAGCCCCUAAAGCUGGAGAAAAGGCUUCAGAAGAGGCACUUAAGUCGUGGAAGGAAAAUGGGUUCUCUAGUCUAAUAAUUGCUGCUCCAGAUGCAGAUGCUUGGAACUUAGUUAAGGUUCUCCUGCCACUUAUAUCGUAUUCGGCACCGUUUGCUAUCUACCACCAGUAUCUUCAGCCUCUUGCAACAUGCAUGCACAAUUUACAGCAAAGUAAAAUGGCAAUUGGUAUGCAAAUUUCAGAACCUUGGCUACGUGAAUAUCAGGUUCUUCCAUCAAGAACUCGUCCGUCAAUGCAGAUGAGUUCCUUUGGGGGUUACAUUCUUAGCGGGACCAAGAUAUGUAGCAGCUAAUCCCUACUCCAAAAGAAUAAAAGGAUCACACCAAGCUCCUCCGUGCAUGUUAGCAAGCAAAUAAUUGCCUGCCUACCCGAAUGUACACUUGCAUUGUAUUCAUUAUUCGCAACUUCUUCCCAUUUCUGGGUGCAAUUUUGUGAAGUUUCCUGAAAUGAAAUUCUGCAACCCUGCAUUCUGAGUUUUUACAGGGAGGGGUAGCAAUGUGGUUGCUGUGACUCGUUUUUUUCUGCCCGAUCUUGGACUUCCAAGACGUGGCAACUUGAUAUUCCAUGCAAGUUAUGCUUUGUAAGAUAAAGAGGGAACAAAUCUUACUUUUAGCCCACUUGUGUAUUUUGGCGCUAAAUAUAAUUUCUCGAAGUAGUAA